GUCAAAAAUUAAUGGUUCGGUUCGUUAAAAAAAUCUGAACCGCUUCGGUUCGGAGUGGUUCAACUCCGGAGUGGUUCGCAGUCCUGUUAAAAAUCAUGACUUGUCAUUCUGGGUAAAACAAGCAGCCACAAAACUGUGCAUCAUUUCUUACAGAUUUUACAACGCCAAAACAAAAUCAUAAAUUAUUUAACAAAAUUAAUAAACCGAAAGCAGAGUAAACCGAAACUUGACUUGAAAUGGGCGAAACACCGAACAGCAAGCACCUUAACAAUCUUUCGACUUCCGCUGGCAACGACCACGUGGCGUCGUCCAAGAGGCGUCGCCUGGAGUGGGAAUCGCCGUUAGGCAGCCUGAACGCCACUAGGUCCUCCGCCGAGCCAGUGCCGCAGGAACGCUCCUCGCAGACCACCAUCAAACUGCGCGUCGAGCUGAUCGAGAGCAAGGCACUGGUCAUCAAGCUGCGCGAUGAAAUCGAUCAGAUGAACCGGGAGCACCAGGAGGCCCUAAUGCUGGCGGAGAGCAAGAGCGCGGCCCUAAAGGCGCAGUGUGAUUCCACCGGCAAGAGGUACGUGGAGCUGCAGGAGGAGUACCAGACGCUGCGAGCCCGCGAGUUGGCCCACAAGUUUGCGGCCAGACAGGCCACCGCCGAGUUGGCCGAAGUGAAGUUGAAGAACGAAAGGGACAAGGCCAACUGGCAGAAGGAGGAGCGUGAACAGGAGGCGGCCCACCGCGAUGCCCAGUUGCUCACCAACAAUGAGAUGAGCAAGUUUCGCCAGAUGGCCCAUCGCUGUGCCAUCGAACUGCAGUCGAUGCGUCACGACGCGGAGCGCCUGCGCCAAUGGAACGCGGAGUUGAGAGAGCAGGUUUCCGGACACGUGGCGCUGCGCAACAACUUCGAGAUGCAGGAGCAAAGCCUGAGGGUGGCCAACGAGCGCAUCAAGGAACUGGAGUACGAGAUUCAAUCGUACAACGACUGGAAGGAGGUGACCAAGGUCGCCCAGGAGACUCUGGCCAGUGUACCGUACUUGCGGGCGGAAGUAGAGCGCCUGCGCAAGAGCAACAAGAAUCUACACACAUUGAUUGGCGAUAAACUGCUGCUGGAGGAGCAGGUGAACGACUACAAGGAGCGGCUGGAACGGGAUGAUGGUGUGCGUGCCGAGGCUGCUUCGCUCCAGGUGAAACUAACUCAUGCCGAGCAGGAGAUCGUGGAGUGGGCGCAGGUGGCCCAGGAUCACUGCCUGGCCAACACUAUGGCCAGCCCGAUGGCUCUGCGCGGGCGCAUCGAGACACUGCUCCAGCAGGACCUCAUUCACGUGGCAGAGAAGGGCUCCUCCGAAUCCGUUCGCAAGCAUUUGCAGGAAACUGUGAGUGACUUGGAGGUCAAGUGCGCCCUAUACUUGAAGAACAUCGAGGAUAUGAACAUCGAACUGAAACGGCACACAAACUACGAGGAGCAACUGCAGCGCAAGCUGAUGAUAGUCUCCCAGGAGCGUGACGUAAGCAAGCACCUAAUGAAGAACUUCGAGAAGGACAUGAGAAUGAGCUACAUCAGUGUGAUGGACUCGACGCAAGACGUGCAGGUGCGGAUCCGCGUGAAUACUCUCGAACGCACCGUCGCCGACUACAAGAAGAUGUGUGAUCUGCAGGAGAGCCAAAUUGAGGACCUGCGACAGCAGGCAGUCCCGGCGGCACCCUUCGGCGCUGGCUACGAUAGUGUACGAAAGGAAAUGGACACACUGCGGUUGGAGAACGAUCGUCUGCGACGCCGCAAAGAGGAUCUGGAGCUGGCGAUGAUGGAUCGCCUUGAAGCCCAAGUGAAGAACUUCAAGGUGCUGAAUUUGGAGGAAAAUCCCGCUGCCGACGCGCCUGAGGACAGCAAUAACUCGAUGGAGUACCUGAAGCAGAGCAACAAGAAGUUGCUGGCCGAUCUGAAGCAGCUAAAAACUGAGAAGGAUGACCUGAAGGCGGCCCAGAACGCGUACCGCAAUGUGUGCUAUUGGCUUUUGGGCUACAAAAUCGAUUGCAUUGGCGGCAGAAGCAGCUAUCGCAUUGCCAGCCGGUUUGCCAAGCACCCGGAUGAGUAUCUGGACAUCACCCUCUACAGAUCGCGCCGGUUGUCUGUGCUGGACUCGUCCUACUCGCAAACCGUUUGUCCGCCCAUUCAUCAAUAUCUGACCAACAAUGAUUUCCCUUCAUUCUUUGCCAACCUUACCCAGAAACUUCUCCGAGAGCCCACCACUGACUAGAUAGUCACAAUUGUAGUAAUAGUUUAGUUUAGCAUCAAAUAAACGACUAUGUCUAUUAGUGUAUUCG